UUAAAGGAACGGCAGCCACAGCAGCAAGAGCUGGGAUCCUGUGACAAAUUGCAGACUUGGCACAGAGCCUUGUCUACCCGCCCCACUCUGGCUCUUUUAUUUUCUUGCAAUUCUCAAGUCGUAGAGACUUUAAAAGCAUCUGAAGAAGAAGAAGAAGAUAUAAUAAAAGGGAUGGGAGGAGAAGGAGGAGGAGCAACAUCAAAACUGAGAAAAGCGGCUCGGAAGGUGGUGGUUGCAGCAGCAUAUGCGUGCGGCUCCUUCUCCAGGAGUAAAGCUCUAGGAGGCCUCUAUACCACUAGCACUACUCAAACUAUCUCGGAUUCUUCAGCUGUAACUCCAACAAAGGCAAAGAAGAGCACAGGAGAAGCUGUUGCAGAGGAAUCAGAAUCAUCCACAUCCACCAACAACGUCCCUACUUCUAAGAACUUGUGCGCAAUAUGUCUAGACCCUUUGAGUUACAACAGCAGCGGAAGCAGCCCCGGGCAGGCAAUAUUCACAGCCCAAUGCUCUCAUGCUUUCCACUUUGCUUGCAUCUCCUCCAAUGUUCGCCAUGGUAGUGUCACCUGCCCCAUUUGCCGUGCCCAUUGGACCCAACUGCCCCGCAGCCUGAACCCUUCUUAUGCUUCACUCUCUUCUUGCAACCAAAAUGAUCCCAUACUCCGACUCCUUGAUGACUCCAUUGCUACUUUCCGUGUUCACAGGCGAUCCUUCUUGCGCUCUGCCCGCUAUGAUGACGAUGACCCUAUUGAGCCCGAUCACUUGCCUAAUCGUCCCCGCCUUUAUCUCUCUUUAGUGCCCAUUCCACCCAGUGCGCCUCCCAACUUUCAUUCAUCUGUACAAAUGACUAGUAGUCGCACCUCAUUCCCAUACCAUCCACCCCUACAUCGAUUGACCUGCGGUUCCUCAUCACUAUUGCAGUCACCAAACAGGGAAAUGCCUUAUAUUAUGUGCACCUCCUCAAAUAGAGCUUUUCUCUCAGUGAAGUUAGCACAUCAACAAGCAACUGACCUGGUCUUGGUUGCGAGCCCCAAUGGGCCACACUUGAGGCUGCUCAAGCAGUCGAUGGCAUUGGUGGUUUUCUCCCUUAGACCCAUUGAUCGUUUAGCCAUUGUUACCUACUCAUCAGCUGCAGCACGUGCCUUUCCCCUUAGGCGCAUGACAUCCUAUGGAAAGCGAACUGCACUACAAGUCAUUGAUCGUCUAUUCUAUAUGGGGCAAGCAGAUCCAUUUGAAGGGCUUAAAAAAGGGAUUAAGAUACUUGAAGAUCGUGUUCACAAAAAUCCACAGUCCUGUAUCUUGCAUCUGUCUGAUAGUCCAACACGAUCUUACCAUGCCGUCAAUAUGGAAGUGCCCAUUCCAAUCCAUAGGUUUCAUGUGGGAUUCGGAUUCGGCACUUCAAACGGGUUCGUCAUGAAUGAAUUUGAACAGUUCCUAUUAAGAAUGCUAGGAGGCGUCAUUAGAGAUAUCCAGCUGAAAAUUGGGGAGGAAGUUAAUUGCAGAAUCAUAAGGAUUGGAGAACUAAAAGGUGGUGAAGAAAGGAGGAUCUCAUUAGACUUGGGGUAUGGACAUGAUGUUCAUGUGGGAUAUAGCUACGUGGAGGGUGAAGUUGAUGAAUGCAUUAGAACAGGGGAAACUGUAGUGAGUGUAGGGGAUAAAUGUAAUGCAACAGGAAAUGCAGGGAGAGAUGUGAGCAUUGGUGGGAGGACUAGCAGUGUUGAAAGUUGGGAUUUUCACGAUCCUUACAUGGCUAGAAGAUGGGCUAAGCAUUUACAUGGCUACAGGCUUUGAGCUCAUCCAACUUGCCCAACAAUUAAUGUCUAUACGAAUCAGUAACCAUUUAGAAGAUGAUUUUAGUCAUCCAGGGACCAGGGUCAAUGUUAAAGUCUGGUUACUUGAUUGAGCUGCUAAGCUUAAACACCACUGGGAUGUGCAAUAUAUACCCUUACCAUUACAAUGAAGGAUUUGAAUUGCCAAUU